GUUUUUUUCUUAGUGAGAGGCGAUAUCUUUUCUCCUCCCCCACAAUCGCUCUUUGAACACUCUGCUGCUGGAUCAUUUCAUUGUCCCUGGCCUCAUUCAAUAUUCUUGGGGACAGCCAGUCAGCCAAACUAGAGAGACAACCGGGCUUCCCGAGGCAACACCCGCCCGUCCCAGCCACCAUGUCGAAGCGCACGCUCGAGGACGUCGAGGACGUCGACGUCAGCAACGACGCCUCGCUGUCGCGCAAGAAGUCCAAGAAGGAGAAGAAGGAGAAGAAGAAGGCUGCUGCUGCUGCUGCGGGCCUGCCCACGCCUGCCGACACCGAGAACGCCACGCCCGUGACGACAGACGGGGAGGUGGCCGAGGAGAAGAAGAGCAAGAAGAGCAAGAAGGAGAAGAAGGAGAAGAAGCGCAAGGCCGAGGCCGAGGCCAAUGCGGAAGAGACAGUCACUGCGGAACCCGCGGCGGUGGAGGAGAAGGACGGCGGUGAUGAUGCUAUGGCGAUAGACACGGAGGAGCCCAAGAAGAAGAGCAAGAAGGACAAGAAAGACAAGAAGCGCAAGGCGGCGGCCGAGACGACAACGGCUACGGGAACAGAGGCCACAACCGAUGACAACAGCACAUCAACCACCCCGGCGACCACAAAGUACGAGCAGUCGUCGAGCCUGAGCGCGCUGCCGCAGUCCGAGAUCGACGCCUUCCUCAGCAAGCACGAGAUUGUCAUUACCGACCCGCUGUCGCCCAACGCCAGCACGCUGCGGCCAAUCACCGAGUUCUCGCACCUGCCCACAUCGACGCUCAUGUCCAAGAAGCCCUUCAAGUCGUUCAAGUCGCCGACGCCAAUUCAGGCCGCCUCGUGGCCGUUUGGCCUCUCCGGCCGCGACAUUGUCGGCGUGGCCGAGACGGGCUCCGGCAAGACGCUCGGCUUCGGCGUGCCCCUGAUCAACGCGGUCCUCGGCAUGCCCAAGCAGGAGCGGCCCGGGUUCAACUCGAGGAUCCGCGCCGUCGUCGUGUCCCCGACGCGCGAGCUGGCCAUGCAGACGAGCGAGCAGCUCACGACGCUGGGCGCCCUAGUGGGUCUCAAGACGGUCUGCGUCUACGGCGGCGCGUCCAAGGACGACCAGCGCACGCAGCUGCGCCGGGCGGACGUCAUUGUCGCGACCCCAGGCCGCCUCAAGGACUUCAUCGAGGAGGGCACCGCCAAGCUCGAGGGCGCGCAGUUUGUCGUGCUCGACGAGGCGGACCGCAUGCUGGACAAGGGAUUCGAGGACGACAUCAAGCGCAUCCUGUCGUGCGCCCCCGCCAAGGAGAGCCGCCAGACGCUCAUGUACACGGCGACGUGGCCGCAGUCGGUGCAGGCGCUGGCCUCGACCUUCAUGGUGAGCCCCGUCAAGAUCCAGAUUGGCGGCAACGCGAGCGGCGACCUGCAAGCCAACACGCGCAUCGAGCAGCGCGUCGAGGUGGUCGACCCUAGGUCCAAAGAGCAGCGCCUGCUGCAGCUGCUCAAGGCGGAGCCGCGCAACGAGCGCGUCCUCGUUUUCUGCCUGUACAAGAAGGAGGCCACGCGCGUCGAGCAGUUCCUCCAGCAGCGCGGGCUCAAGGUCGGCGGCAUCCACGGCGACCUGCGCCAGGAGCAGCGCACCCGCAGCCUCGAGGCGUUCAAGAAGGGAGAGACGCCCGUGCUCGUCGCGACCGAUGUCGCCGCUCGCGGGCUGGAUAUCCCAGAGGUCAAGCUCGUCAUCAACUGCACUUUCCCCCUCACAAUCGAGGACUACGUCCACCGCAUCGGCCGCACGGGCCGCGCAGGCAAGACGGGCCGCGCCAUCACCCUCUUCACCGAGCACGACAAGUCGCACUCGGGCGAGCUCAUCAACAUCCUGAAAGCCGCGGGCCAGCCCGUCCCCGACGACCUCAUGAAGUUUGGCACGACGGUCAAGAAGAAGUCGCACGGCACGUACGGUGCCUUCUUCAAGGACGUCGACAUGACAAAGAAGGGGACCAAGAUUACUUUUGACUAAAAAAGAGAGAGAGAGAGAGAGAGAGAGAGGGCGGCGAGGAGGAGGCGGCGGCGAAGGGAGCCGCGUGGAGGGGUUUGUGUGUGCAUAGGGAGAUUUGUAUAUAAAAGGGGGCGUUGCAGAGAGGGAUUAGAGAGACUUUGGCCUGUUGUUGGACGACCUGGCUGUCUCUAUCAUGGUACACUUUGAGCGCAUAAAAGCCCGAGAGAGAGAUAUGCUUGCUUGCUUGCUUAUUUGCCUGCUAAAUCACAAGACCAUCAAAAACAAGAUCCAGAAU